AUGAGUUAUUCAGUUGGCACCCCACCGUUUCAAGUUUAUGGGAUUUUAGAUACAGCUAGUAACUUAAACUGGCUUCAAUGCAAACCUUGUAAUUCAUGUUACAACCAAACCUCUCCUAUUUUUGAUCCUUCAAAAUCUUCGAGUUACAAAAAUAUUUCAUGCUCUUCUAGAACAUGCAAAUCUAUGGAAGAUACUUCUUGUUCUUCUGAUGGAGAUGCUUGCCAGUACACAUUAGAUUAUGGUAAUGGAAUAGAUACACAUGGAGAUCUUAGUGAAGAGACUCUUACAUUGGAUUCUGCCUUCGGCUCUUUUGUCUCGUUUCCUAAAAUAGUUAUAGGAUGUGGACACAAUAAUGGCGAGCCAACGUAUAAUGGUCCAAAUUCUGGUGUAAUUGGAUUUGAAAGUGGAGAUACGUCACUAAUAAAACAAUUAGGAUCUUCAAUUGGGGGAAAAUUUUCAUAUUGUUUAAUUGAUGAGCACAAUAGCAAAUCUAAUAGAUCUAGCAAACUCAAUUUUGGAGAUGAUGCUAUUGUUACCGGUGAUAAUGUUUUUUCAACUCCUAUAGUCAAAAUGAUAGGGAACCGCCAGAAAGACCAUUACUAG